AUGGCGCAGUCUCACCUUCACCUGACAGACCGCGUCUCCAUCGAAAGUCUUCCCCGGCUCAAACUCGACGAUACGCUGUCGCACCCGACGAGCUACGCAGAGGUCAAGUCUCCGGUCGAUCCGGUCCAGCUGGAGGAUGGCAGUCUUCGCCCAGCGAACGGCUCCGUGUCCGCCUACAGCUGGGAGAACCUCGGUAUGCUCACGCAUAUCGCUGCUGUCGGCAUCGUCUACGGAACCGUCAGCGGAGUCCUGUACUCGGUGUUAAAUAAUUACUUACAUUUGAGCACGACUCUAGUGGCGACGGCGACUGCAUUGGUGACCAUCCCACGCGCACUUCGUCUGUUCACGGGCAUGCUGACCGACACAGUCCCAAUCUUCGGCUACC